CACAAAUGAGUGACUGCAUCAGCGGUAAGUUCUCUCAAUUGUCUUCUCCACUUUCCUUUCAGGUGGCCACGACUGUGGACUGUGACAGGACAAUUGCUGAAAAGCUUGCAAAAAUGUUGAUCUUACCAACUUUAAACCUAUCAGAGUAUAAAGUACAGUUGUACUUUCGCUUCUCUUGACUUGCGGUUUCUAAUAAUCUUCAGCUUGUUCUUCAACCCGAAAGUGAUGAGAUGAUUCUUAACUUCUGACAUCGGAAAAUAUUUAUAUAUACUCGCCAUCACACGUUGCAAACUUCUACUACAGUUGUUUUUGUGUUACAGUUCGCCAGCUUUUAAUACGACUGCAUCAUUACUAAAGUGUAUAGGUACUAAAGCGGUGUUUUUAAAAAUUUUUAUUUUUGUUGUUCUGACACGAAGUGGGGACAGCAGCUGAAUUAACCAAGGGUUUAUUUGAUUUGUCUCCUAUUCAGCUUUGAUAUCUGUAAGAAAAAGUUCAUGAUUUCUUCAAAACUCUCCGAAGUCUCAAAAUUGGCAGUGUAUGUGAGCGUUUAUCGUCCGUUUCUUGGCAAAUGUCGCAGUUUUCAACUCCGGAAGGACUUGAAAGACAUCACGUUCGUGAUGUUUACGACAACAUUGCACCCUACUUCGUUGGAUCUCGCCACAAAGCAUGGCCAAGAGUUGAACAAUUUCUCCUGUCUUUGCCAGCGGGGAGUUUGAUCGCUGAUGUAGGUGAGUUGUAACUUAUUUAACACCGACGAAACGGAUCGCGAGCCAUUAAAAAAAGCGGUUUAUAUAAACCGAUAAUUUUUGGGUGAUUUCAUUGAAUGUUCGGUGAUUUUUUUUAAACAAAGGAUUCUGUUAAGUCGCAAAAGAAACAUACAAUAGUUCAUUUAAUAAUCUGUAGGCAUCUUUUCAGUAAAUUAAAAGGCGUUAAUAUUGCGUAACUCGAUUAUUUGAAAAUAUUUUGUACAAGAUAAAGCUUAACACAGACAUGGCUGGUUGUUAAUGUCGUUUUUUUUUUCACAAGCCAGACCACUCGUGUUUGUCAUAAUGAUAUUGUUUUUCUGUUUUCUAGUUAUAAUAUAAUGGUGUUAGUGUUUGCCGUAAUAUUUUUAAAAAGGACUGUUUUGCACGAGGUUGUGGUUGAUAUCAGCUGGUCGCUAUGUGAGGUUUUUGUUGAGAGCCAUUAUCAAAAGCAGUGUGAAAUAUAAACAGUCUUCCUCAGGAUUUCCUUUAAAUGUUGUCAAGGUCAUGAAAAGUCAUGCUAAAAUUUAGUCACAAGGCAGCAGCAAAAUUAUUUGCUGAUUUGUUGGUUGACUUUCCCCAAAUAAUGCCAUUUUGUUUUUGCAAAGACGUUUGUGACAUAAUAUUUUAACCUUGUACACACCAUGAGUGAGGGUCCUGAUUGCGUAAGGCCCUUUUAGAGGGGGGAGGGGGGGGGGUAUACAUUAAACUGGUACGAAUUUCAAACCGUUUAUUUCGAAAUCACUUUUUUUCAAUCACUGACAACAGUUACUGUAAAUCGUUUGUAAAUAUAUUAUGUAAUUUAAAGGUCCCAAUGUCACUAUUAUUAUGCUGAGAUAGAAUCAUAAUUGUCUGGAUGGUUUAAAUUACCAAGUUGUACCGAGGUUUUUCUUAUUAUCUUCGGGUAAAUGCUGCAUUCUUCUGAUUAGGUGUGGAAUUUAUUUGAGGGCGGCAUUUAUUGAUAAUUUUGCUUCCAUCUGGGGUGUUUGAUCGAGGGUGGUGUUCAUUCGAGGGCAACAUUUAAUCAAAUAAAUACAGUACAGUUGUUUCACUUUUGAGGAGUAGGCCAUGUCCUGUCACUAUUUAAGCCAUUUUUCUGCUGUUUGUCCCCAUUUCCUCUUGUCGUAUGUUGCUGUUUUAAGGCAGUGUCACUUGUCCAAAAUUUACCCUAACAGGGCAUAUACAGUCAUACCCCAGGGAGGCUUUGCUCACCUCUCAAGGGGUGUUGCAGAGAGUCAGUUUUUUUAACCAGUCAGCUCUCUCAUGCGUCAGGCCUAGGCCUUCUUAAGAUUUGGGGUGGGGUACAUGGGGGGGGGGGGACAUAUGUGCCUAGUCUGAAUUUCAAAACCCACUGUUUCAUGUAUUGAGAAGAAACCAUGUCCUAUUCAUUAUUUUGCCAUUGUAUUUGCACUGUCACAGUCUCAUCUCAUGUGUCGUUUGUUCCCACAUUCAUCUGUCUCAUGUUGCUGUUUUAAGGCCAUGUUGCUCUUUUGUCUCCCUUCUCUUCCCCCCCUUCCCAACACCUUUCUCAUUUUUCUCUACCAGAGAAGGGUGGAAUGUCCCCUUUAUCUUAAAUUAUUUUCCCUGUGUUACGCUAUUAACUUCAUUGGUUUAACUUGAUUGUUUAUGCUUUAAUGUUAGUUUCCAUAGCAACCUCCUAAGUGUCUCCCCCCUGACUUUUCGAUCGAUCCCUUUUUUGUUACCAUUGAAGGUUGGGGGGGGUGGACUUUUUUUGGUGGAAAGGGAUCAAUGCUUCAUAAUUUUUAAGGUGUAGACAAGUAGUGUGACGAAGUUUAGUCCCUGGGUACUGUAAGUCACUGUCAAUUACAAAACAGUAAGUCUUAUCCUGGACUUUAGGUGCUCACUCUGAUGAUGAUAUUCUGCCUAUUUAUAGAACAAAAUUAUUGUACCUUUUAGGGUGUGGAACAGGCAAGUACUUAGGUCUUGCCCCAGAAUCUUUUGUUGUUGGAUCUGACAGUUGCUUGGAAUUUGGAGAGAUUGCGGCAGCCAUGGGUCACAAUGUUGUGACCUGUGAUAAUCAAAACCUUCCAUUCAGAAAUAGUUGUUUUGAUGCAGUCAUCUCUGUUGGUGUCAUUCAUCACUUUGCUUCUGUGAAAAGGCGCAUGAAAGCUCUAGAAGAGCUUUACAGAAUUCUCCAACCUGGUGGGAAAAUGCUGGUUUAUGUCUGGGCUUUUGAACAAGAUGAGCGAAAGGUUUGUUACUUAAUUUUAUAGUACAUACAGUUGCACAGUCAAACCUACCACGAACGAACACUCUUGGUAGAUGGUGGGAGGGAAAUGAAAGGAUGGAAUAACAAAAACAUUUGAGAAUAUUAAGUAUUAUUAUAAUUUUUUCUCUAACAAAUCGUAUGAUAUUAAAAUACAUUAACCAAAUUUAUAUAUCUGUGACAAAAUUUUCAAUGCAUCUGAGGUAUUAAUCAGUACUUAGCUAAUUUAGGGGAAAUUGUUUUAUUCAAAACUUUGGGGAGGUGAGAACUUUUGAGCAUCGUUGGUGGCAAAAGUUAUUACAGGGCUAUUUCCAAGCCUUUCAAAGCAUGGUCAAGCUUAAAGGAGGACAUGUCUUGAUUAAGACCUGCUGUGAUUUCGGUACAUUGCAUGAGAGGUAUGGGAAUUGAAUGCUGUCUUGAACACAUAUUGGUUUUCUUUGUAUAUACUGUAUUUCCUAGCACACACUUUCCCAAGUGAUAUCUGGCAAUGGAAAAAUGCACCCUUACACUCAGUAAUUAUGAGACUCUGAACACCCUAAGUGGGACCAAAAUCUGCAAAUCACACCUCUAAGCUUGGUGAGGAGUAUCUUCAACUCUUUCAUUUGGGAGUCCUCCCCCCUCCUGAGGUGACACCUAAUAUUGCACUGGACAGAUCUUCUUCUUGGGGGAGAAAGGGGGGUGGUUGAGGUUGACCUAAGAUCAAAAUCCUUUUUAAUAUUCAAGUGACGAUUUGAAUACGAGUACUGAGGAAAAUCUGAGGUUUGGUGAUUUUUUCCUGAAGGUUACCUCUUUGGCCAUUGCUUUAACGAGGGUGAGGGCCGGACUAAGAGUGAUGAUAAUGGUGAUACUAAUUUGAAUUAGUACCUUACCCUCACCCUCACCCUCACUCUUUUUUAAGCAAUGUUGGUAGGGUACCUCUUUAGACACAAGGUCCAAUUGUGUCAUGCUUAAGACUUGCCCAAGAACAGAAACAUGUUGAAAGUAUUUUCCCCAUGCAAGGAUUUUGCUUGUGGAAUCUAAAAUCCUUGGUUUUGGAAUCCAUAAUUUAGCUCAAGGAAUUUGGAAUUCUGCUAAAAAUUAGAAUACCCAAUCUAAGUUCCACUGACAAGAAAUGCAGAAUUUUGUACCCGGAAUCUGGAAUCAACUGAGCUGGAAUCUGGAAUUUGGUACCUGGAUUCUGGAAUCCACAGCAUGCAAUCCAGAAUUCAUGACUUUUUUUGGAUGAUCUUAUAUGGGGCAAAACAUGUUCACUUUAUAUACUCAAAGAUCGUUUUGCGACGGGCUCAGCCUCAGCUCAAAACGUAGACGAUCUUAUAUAAAAAAGAACACUCCAUAACCUUCUGCUCGUGCUGUAAACGACCUGGUCACCGGCCUCGUUGAUUCUCAAGCAUCUUUAUCCUAUGUUUAUGGAUUGUGAUAAGAAAUUGACAACCCGAUCUAUAGUUUAUUUGGAAAAAGCGAAAAAGAGCCGCCAGUCACGAACUAACUGGAAUAGUCAGCUAAAUUUGAACCCUUUAUAAACCACAAAACUCAUGAGUAAGGAAUUGGGGGAUAAAGAUGGCAUAUUGUUUCUCUUUCAUGUUUCAGUUUGAUGGGCAAGAUGUCUUAGUACCCUACACACAUUAUCAAAGGAACAAAGGUAUUGGAAGUAAAUACUAUUUGAGAGGGACGAUAUACGGUGUACGCUCUAAUGAACUUACCAAAAUGCAAGAAUCAUCGUGUCCUGUGUUCUUACGGAGUUUUGUCCUGGCACUUUAUUCUCAGGAGCCUCGCUUUGAAACUGAGGCUGGGGGCAACUCGGAAUGGAAGCGGGGGGCGGGGUGGUGGUGCGUGAACUCGUACUCGCGUACUCGCGCAAGAUGCCGCGUUCGCCCUGCGUGGCUCAUAAAGCCACAAACCCUUUUGACAUGUUUUUCACAAAGUAACGGCGGGACUGCACUGACAAGGGUUUGACGUGAUUUUAUGAAGUGGACUCAUCGCUCGCAUUUUCCUGGCCUCUACAGGGCUUAGAAAAAUACUACUCAAGUCAAAAACUAUCCACGCGUAGUAUCCGCCAACACAUCGAACAAGAUCAGGAGCCUAUGACCUAGUGGGGUUCCUGACAAGAUGUAUGUGUAUUGAAAAUAUGUUACGCCGGCAGAAAUACAUGGAGAAAGUUUUCACGAAUCAAAGAGAGCUUGCCCAGUUGGUUGUUGGACAAUUUUUGGAUGAAAUGUUUCAAUCACGUUCUUGAAAACGAAGAAAGAACCUACAAACAAAUAGGCCAGUAAUUCAGUUAAUCCGAGGCUGAGGAGAAUAAAACGAGAAAUAAAUUAUUCAUCCCUGUAUUUCAAAGUCUUCGAAGAGACUUUUUUGCUCUAUACCUCUACGCCUCGUAGCGGAGUAAGAAUUUUUAUAAUAGCUUCUUCACGAUACCCGCCAUCUUUGUUUAAACGCGCUUUAGGAUUGAUGGGAUAUAUAUAAUGUCACGUGAUAUUUCAGGGUCUGGGAGCAAACCAGCGAUCGAGUUUGUUUGUUCUCUCAUUUUGGUUUUGCAAAAUGUACAGUUCGAGUUUCGACAAGGUCUACGUCAUUAUUGCUUGCUGGGACUGGGACAUCUACUGUCGCUAGGGCAUCCAAAAAAGUAACCAUGUCAACCACCAUCAUCAUCAGUCUUUUAUCAUUUACACUAUUUAGGUACUAUACAGAAAAAAAGAGAGCAAAAAAUACAAGAAACUAUAGGGAGUAAAUAGUGUAGAUUAUAUAAAUGAACAUAUACAGUGAUCACUUGCACCCAUAAUUUGCUAUUUUCGUCUUUUUCUGUUGUCUAGAAUAAGCAAACUCGACCGCAUUUCUUCAGUUGUUGGAUUUUAUCACUUGUCUUGCCUGCUCCCUCCCCUCGAAAAAACCACGUGACAUUGCUUUUAUCCCAUCAGCCCAAGAGAGUAUCAGUAAACACAGCCGGAAUUUUGAAUGAGGUCCACUGGAAACUAGCCCAUUACCGGAUUGGUUUUGUUGAGGUUUUAUAAUCUCCCUCGCAACUAUUUUUGUCUUGUUGGAGAGGAGCGUUGCGUGCCGAGACAAAAAAGGCUGCUAGGGAGACUAGAGGUUUUACUAAUGAGCAUAUUAUCUUGUUUGCAGUUUUAGCGCGGAGAAGCCAAUCAACUCCCGGGACACCAAGACUCCAGUCGCACAUUCAGAGCAGAUGUCCGUCCAACGUGGCGGGUGCCUCAUGGCGUUCGCGGCGUGCGUUUUCCUGCGAUGAUCCACGCUGUAGUCACAACCAACGUCGCUCUCAUUCACCUGUCAAGAGAGGUCUCCGUCAACAUGAUCAUGUCAUAGGGUUAACUCCAAACACAGUCCCUUUAAAAUAUGAUGCGUUGCAGCGUAUUAGAAAGGGAGAUAAAGAACCCAACCUCAAUUGGUCUCAACAAACUGAGGAAACUACGAUCGCGAAACUAAGUAAAUUUCUCAACUCUGUUAUUAAGAAAAUUUUUGAUGACGAUGAUUCUGGGAACACGACAAGCGGUGAUACUCACGCGGAAGGACAAGAUCAGAAUGGCUUUUCCUUGGAUACUGACACGGAUUUAAGCACCGAGGGUUCCAAGAUCCAAGCUUUGAUGUCCUAUUUUUCUGUUGAAAACCGAGAAAAGUAUUCUAAAGGGGAGUUUUUCUCAAUGAUGGCCAAGAAGUUGUUCGCGAGCAAAGACGAUUUGCAUCUGCCUGAAAUAAACAAAAUAUCAGUUGAUUCCGGAGGACUGAAACCGAAAGUGGAUGGAGAGCAUGGACCUUGUGAUGUCGUGGUAUGCAUGAACGAGAAAGAAGUUGACACGCAUGCUUCGUGUGGUAAAAGAACAGAGGGGAGGAACGGCGUUAGCCUCAGCGUGAUGGCGAGGCUUGUUGAAUCCAUAGUUACAAGCGACGUGGACAGUGACAGCUCUAGUUCCAGUGAUUAUCUCACGUCGGACUCGAGCGCUGCUGAGGAAUGGGAGAAACCAGGAACUUCUUUGCCCACUCAUAGCGGCAAGGCUUUUCAGCAUACAACGGUAAACUGUGAGGAACUCGGGUGUAAAGCGGAUUCACAGUAUUCUUCUUCAUCGUCAUUGUUUUCAACAUCAUCAGCUUCGUCUUCACGUUCAUCACUUGCGGAGUCUGAUUCGCCCAAGAAAGUCAAAAGCAAACUUUUUCAGAGGUACUAUCAUGUGUUCUGCGCUGGAGAGCUAGUUAAGUUAAUUCAAGAUGGCGUUCCUUCUGCCAUUGUUUUAAACGAAUAUUAUGAUCAUGGUAACUGGGCAGUUGUUUUGGAAAAGAAAGUAGAGGAGACUGGUCUUACAGAAACACCUUGAGGCAAUUUUAUCGGUUAAUCAAGUGAAUUUUCCAAGACCGCAGCAACUUUAAAAAUUUACCACCGAAAACAAGAGAGGAUUAUCUUCGAUACCCUCAACUUUCAUUUUAGUGUUCUAGUUUACAUUUUUUAACCCCAGGGUAAAUUUGAACUUGGGUAAAAGUUUUUAAAGUAGUUUUAAAAAAGAUGUCUUUGAAGAGUGCGAAAUCCAUACAGAAUUCCUAUGUCAGAUUAGCCAGUACUCAGAUAAUUUUUAAACUAGUGGUAAUUGCAAGAUAGAAGUGUAUUCGACAGGGAAGGGGUGUAGGAAAGUGAUUUUACUGUUUGAUUCGAAUACGUAGUUUAGCGAGGCAUAUAAUACAGAUAAUAGAUGCUAGUUCCCGGCCGAAGGAAAUUGUCCUUAGGGCUAGGUAAGGUGGCAUCGGAAACAGAGUUAAGUUCUGUGAGAGACGUUAUAUGGCCAUGAGUCCGUCGGACGCAAUUAUAAAUUUCAAUCCAGAUAUUUCUAAAAAUAAACAUAAACAUAAUCUGGUAAAGCUGGUACAAAACAUGAAUGAUACGAGAAACCCUUUUUUUGGUCUUAACAUGUAUGUCGUCUUUCAAAAGGGGUAGAUACUCAUGGUCACGCCUUUCUCAACAGCUUUUCCUCCUGGGGUGUCUGUCAUGGUAUAAUUAAAGUAAACUCUCCUUUUUUCUAUUAGGCCUUCGCGAGGACUCAAACAUCGAACUUCACUUGUGACAAACGUAGAUUUUAAAAUGGUAAUGAGAAAAAUCUGUUGUUCUCGGUAAUUAGCCGUAACUUCAUAUUUUAUCCUUAGGUUUUGCGAGAAAGUUUCUAAGCCAGCUAAGAUCAUUAUAUAUAAUUUGGGAAAAUUAUUUAUUUUAAGGACGAUACCUUUUAUAAAAGUGAUAGUUUACCCAAUCACUUGUUUGUGCAACAUAUACUUAAUUUUCAAUGUAAAGCAAAGCAAGAAGCCGUUUGGAAUGCUAUUUUAUUUGGUGGAGCCAUUGAACGCUUUUUACUUUUUUAUCUGCCAAAUUAGUUAAUAUUUAUUGUCCCGAUUAAUCAAAGUGGAAAAUAAAGGAAGGAAUAAAAUACAGUGAUGAAGCAGUUAGAAUGUAUCAAUAUUUCAAAUAAAUAACUUUAUGCAUGAAUCGCAAAUUAAAUUUAAUGCGGAGAGUUAAUUGUCCUUUCUUUGGUCUGCACCCAGAUCAUAAGUAGUUUUUCCACCAAAUAUGCGCGCGAACGACCAGUUUUUUCGAAAUGAAAAAAGGUAAGAGUUUCCUUUAAUUCAAGCUAAUUCAUCAAAACACACAAUGUCCUUUAUACUGUGUAAACACAUGCAGUUUACACAACUGUCUUUCAAUUCUUAUAACCGUUUAUUUUUCCAAUUUGUUUUCAAAUUUUCAAGAAAGCUUAAAAUCUCUUCAUGUUACACAACACUGGUCUCCGGGAGGGAAGAAAAACUCAAAACGGAACAAACGUUCGUCUGUUAUUAUGUAAUCUUUUUUCCUGGUGUUGUGUGCACUUUCAUAAUAGUCGCACAUUUAGAUAGAUACAGUAUUUUAUGGAAUAAUUAGCUUAUUGUGUAAGAGCUAAAGUCAUCGACACUGCACCGUACGACUUAAAGUUAAUUGUUAUUAUCAUUAUCAUUAUCAUUAUCAUUAUCACCAUCAUUAAAUUGUCAUCGUCAUUAUCCACGCGAUUUCCAACGGGAAAUAUCGUUGCAGAUCUUUUCUAGGGCUGUGUUGUAUUGACUCACCAAUGUUGUAAGGUCAACAGCAUCUCACCACGGAGGGGGGAGGGGGGGAACACCGCAAAAGCGCACAGAAAUACGUAUCAACACUGCACAGAAUAACAUAAGAAAAUCGGAAACCGCAUUGAAAUUACCCAAACUUUCUAAAUACCGCAAACCGCAACUUAAAACAAAAAUGUCACGAAACCGCACCAAAAAAUCGAGCAAAACAACCGCAUCAACGCAAUCCCUUACGUCCCCCUCUCUACGGUGUUCAGGUGGACACAUUAAAUCGUGGAAGCAGAAUACUGCAAUGCUGAUCGUACUACGUGAGAAUUAACUCUGCGAGACAUCAACACAACACCGAAAGAACUCAAAACAGAGCGGGAUUGAAGCCAUAGACAGCUGUUUCGCCCUUUUUGGGGCUCGCAAAAAAAUGAUCGCCGAAAUUGAUGGCCGCGUAACGUAAAUUUUUGAGGCAGGCGGCUAGUUUCCAGAUUACAUCUUUAUUUAUUUGUGAUCAGAGACAAAAUUGUCGCGCGUCACUGAGGUUGGGUCCCUUACUGAGGGGAGAGGUACAGAAUAGGGAGGAGGGAGCUUUACCCUCCCGUACCCCCCCGACCUUACUCUGGGUGCUAGUGACAUGUUCAGGUUUAAAAGUGACGUAGCAGUCUUGAUUUUUUCUUGUCGCUCUCUCUUCUCCCUUCUUCUUUCGCUUUUUAUGCCUCGUUGUUUUCUUUUGCUUGACAUUUAAUAGGCUUCAUCUCGGUAGAUAGAUGUUACAAACGUAAAUAUACAUCUAAAUCUUUUUCUAUCAAGCACCUUCUAGAAAAGUAGGAUAGAAAAGUAUUUCGUAAGGUAUCUGGCAUAGACCGACACCCUCUAAGGGGACUAUUACCCAAGAAGAAAGUAUCGACUUACAAUUUAAGGAAUCGAACAAGUCAGUAUCCGAAAGUUAAUACAGAUAGAUUCAAGAACUCUUACAUUAAUCGCUUAAUUUUUAAUUACAAUUUAGCUAUGUGAGCGUAUUUUUUUUUAUUGUAAAUAACUUAAAUAUAUAUACUUUUACUCAAAUAUUGUAACAUAAGAUAUGUAUUUACAUCUUGUGUGGAAAUAAAGACUAUUAUUAUUAUUAUUAUUAUUAUUAUUAUUAUUAUUAUUCCUUGGCUGAAUCAUGCCCUUUCUGGCAUAGUUUUGAAAGAUCACUUCAUCCUGCACAAGUUAGCUGACGAAGUGGUGACUGAUGACGUCACAUGCGGUAAAGGGGACGCGGAUCCGCACGGGCGAUUACGGGCGGCUCAGGGGCGAAUGGGUUAAUGGUGGCGUGAUUAGUUUCAGUGUUCAACCAAGAUUCUGUAAUAGCCAAGAUGUUGAGUCAAUUUAUUGAUUAAAAGAAAGCAGAUUAUGGCAGCUUUGCAUGAUGACUCUUCUAAAGUAGUCUGUACUGAAGCACAGUGGAAUCUGGUGAGGGUGUUCCCUGUGAAACAUUAUAUUCACUUUGGGGGCCUGCAUGCUUAUUAUGCACAACGACAAACCUACAGCGACAAACCAGUGAAUCUCUGGCCGCCUAUCGUAGACUACUAGUUGAUCAGUAAGAAUCUUGAAUACUGAAGUUUAAAAAGCGGCUCAAGUGAUCCUCACCACAAGACAGCUGAGGCAGUUGUUUUCUCCAAUAUAUAUAUAUAUAUAUAUAUGUUGUAGUUAAUUUUUUAUUUCAGGUAAUUUUUCUUUUUCUUUUGUUUUUGGGUAUGGUAAUAUAUGCUAAUGAAGUUGAAACAAAAGAAAAACAAAAAUUACCUGAGAUAAAAAAUUAACUACAACAUAUAUAUAUAUCUAUCUAUCCGCUAUUAAGAAAUGCGACUUAAAUCAAAUAAAAAACUACACCUUUUCAUAAGAACGACCAUUUAUAAAUUCAGCAUGGACAGUUCUUAUUUUAUGACCGGUUUCAACCUGGAAAUGGUCUUACAGGAAAUCUGAUAACUUUUUCUUAAAAGCUACAUAUAGACAAGAUAAGACAAUGAUUAUAGCUUUCAUAUUAAUGAAUUUUACAAGUGCGAUGUAAGUGCAUUAUUGACCAUAGGCAAUAGGAAUGUGUUGAAAGAACAAAUUUUACGUGCACUCCGAUUCCAUGUAAGACAUGCGUCACAUACAGUAAUUAUGAUUUUCUGGAUUUAGGAAAGUAAACUCAGUGAAAAAUAAAUUGUUCUUGUCUGAGCCCCGGGUAUGUUCUUGAUCUUAGCAUGUUCUUAAUAUUUUGGCAAACUUCAGGCUGAACGUUAUUACAAAAAAGGUUCUUAUAAACAACUAGUGAUAUACUCUUUCGACGCCUAACUUCAACGGAGGCUACGUAGGAAUAAAGGAUGGGCAAUCUAAUUAUUCUCUCAUUCCUCAUGCCUUGAGGAUCAGUUUACCGUUUGCUUUUUUUUAAAAUCAAUUCCCACAUCCCCGUUCUCCCAUAUCAAAUGUUUCGAAAAUACGGAAGUAAAACGUCGUGACACCAGUGAACUUUAGACCACGAGCAGUCUCUUAUUUCUUACUCAGCCGAGCGAAACUGGUGAGACACGCGCGCGUGCAUGCCCCGCACUACUGAAGAAAAAGAGAGACUGCUUGCAGUCUAAGUGAAUUUGAAUUAUUUGCUUCCAUUCUGUCCUUGUAUGGCCCCGAAAGACUCCUUAAAAAUAAGAAUAAAAAUAAAAGAAAUUGUGGGACUUCUCCAGCUGGAAUUUAGAAAAUCGCUGGCUCAGCAAGAAAGCGGAAGAGGAGACCUGGGAAUAGACACAAAGCAACAAAAGAGGCACAAAGGAUAAAAAGACUGAAGUCCACCUCGCCGGCAGCCAUAUUCUGAGUUUAUACAGUUUAGUUCCUUUUCUCGACCUUUCUGUGUCCUGGUUGUUAAUGCGAUACUCAGCUCAGAAGUAAUUAAGUUUGUUUGCUUUAGCGACAACGAAACAGUUGCUAACAAACCCUAACAAACGAAAGGCGCUUUCAGACAAGUUGGAAUCUUGUUAGAAAUCUCGUCAUGGGAGACAUUAUUGUUGACACUUAUCAUUACGAAUCGACCAGUCUUCCAAAUGAGGCUUUUGACGUUUUGAUUGAGUUUUUCCGGGAACAGAAGCUAUGCGAUGUGGUCAUCAAAGCUGGAGACCGAAAAGUAAAGUGCCACCGUGUAGUGCUGUCUUCCUGCAGUCCGUAUUUUCGUGGCAUGUUUACAAACGAAAUGCUGGAAUGUUCUCAGGACAUAAUCGAAAUACAGGGACUUUCUGAAGAAGCAGUCGUUCAGUUGAUAAACUUUAUAUACACCCGAAAAAUAACUAUCAGUAUUGACAAUAUUGAAGCGCUGUUGACCGCAGCAGCCGUAUUUCAGCUGGACUUGGUCGUCCAUGCUUGUUGCGAAUUUAUGAAGCGCCAUUUGCACCCUUCGAACUGCCUCGAGAUGAGAGCCUAUGCUGAGCUUCACGGUUGUUUAGACUUUAUUGAUGCAGCAGAUGUGUAUUCUAGAAGUUGUUUCUUGAGUCUUUUGAACACAGAGGCGCUACUUAAAACCUCUUUUCGACAUUUCCUCUCCAUUAUUUCCGGGGACGACCUUUUCAUAAAACGUGAAGAACAAGUUUUUGAAGCUGUCAUCGCCUGGGUUCGCUAUGAUUUGGUGUCACGUGAACAGCACCUACCAGAACUUUUUAGUCAUGUACGGCUACCAUUGAUUUCAAAUGAUUACAUCAUACAGCAUGUUGAAAGACUUAGCAUGGUAAAGAACAACCUAACAUGUCGAGAUUUGGUUGAUGAAGCUAAGAAUGUAAAGCUUUCUCCUUCCUUAGUGAAAAUAAAUAUCAGAACUCAACCUCGUAAAUCAACAUCUGGUGCAUUAUUUUCUGUUGGUGGCCGGGGGAAGUCUGGCAACCCUCUUCAAUGUAUUGAAUGCUAUGAUUGGUUCCACAAUUGUUGGUUUGAAGUGGCAGAAGUCUCCACUCCUCGACGUCAUGUUGCUGUGGCAUCUGUGGCAGGAAAGGUUUAUGCAAUUGGUGGUCAUGAUGGUAGACACCACCUGAACACUGUUGAAUGUUUUGACCCUGAAAUUAACGAGUGGAGGGAAGUUUCCCCCAUGAACAUUUCUCGACGUGGAAUGUCAGCUGGUGUUUUGGAGGGGCAAAUUUAUGUUGCUGGGGGAUUAGAUGAAACAACU